AUGGCCGAAGACAACUUGAAGAUGGAAGUAGAAGAAGGAGAAAGCGCACCUAUUUCAGCGAAGGAUAAGAAGAGAUUCGAAGUGAAAAAGUGGAGUGCAGUGGCGCUUUGGGCAUGGGAUAUUCAAGUAGACAACUGUGCAAUCUGUCGCAAUCACAUUAUGGACUUAUGUAUUGAAUGUCAAGCCAAUCAGGGUAAUCAAAGCACAGGUCAAAAAGAAGAGUGCACAGUAGCUUGGGGGAACUGUAAUCAUGCGUUCCAUUUUCACUGCAUUUCUCGUUGGCUGAAAACUCGUCAGGUGUGCCCCUUGGACAACAGAGAAUGGGAGUUCCAGAAAUAUGGUCAUUAA